AUGGCAAGCAAAUUUGCAGUCAAAUCUUUGGAUCACCUGGUCCUUACAGUCCGGUCGAUCCCGGACACUAUAGCCUUCUACACGACUCAUCUUGGCAUGCGACACGAGGUCUUCGUCUCCCCCGCCAACCGAGCUGUACAAAGGCAUGCCCUGAUUUUUGGAAGCCAGAAGAUCAACCUCCACCAAUCUGGGAAUGAGUUCGAGCCCAAGGCCCAAAGCGUCCAGCCCGGUAGUGCAGAUCUGUGCUUCUUAACGGACGAAAGUGUGGAGAAAGUCUUGGAGGCAUUCAGAGAGGCAAAUAUUGAGGUCCUGGAAGGCGCCACGAUUGUGGACAGGAUCGGUGCAGUAGGGCCCCUCAAGAGUGUUUAUGUGAGGGACCCGGAUGGAAACCUCAUCGAGGUGUCGAACUAUGCAUGA